AUUCAUCUUCUUCCACAGAGAGAGAGAGGGAAAGAGAGAGGUGAGUGAACUCGGGAGUCUGCUUUACAUGAGGGACGAACCGUUUGGGAGGAAAAUACUGCCGUGACAUCAAGCCGGGAAGCACUUUCCUCGUCAGAAGGAGCUGAAUUUACCCUCAAAUAUAACAGGAGAGGUGAGGCAUCAUGGGGAAACACAACAGCAAGCUGGCCCCGGAGGUCCUGGACGACCUGACCAAGAGCACGGAGUUCAACGAGGCAGAGCUCAAGCAGUGGUACAAAGGCUUCCUCAAAGACUGCCCCUCGGGCAUUCUCAACCUGGAGGAGUUCCAGCAGCUCUACGUUAAGUUUUUCCCAUACGGCGACGCAUCAAAAUUCGCCCAGCACGCCUUCCGCACGUUUGACAAGAACGGCGACGGAACCAUCGACUUCAGGGAGUUCAUCUGCGCUCUGUCCAUCACCUCCAGGGGAAGCUUUGAGCAGAAACUCAACUGGGCCUUCAACAUGUACGACCUGGACGGAGACGGAAAGAUCACACGCAUGGAGAUGCUGGAGAUCAUCGAGGCCAUCUACAAGAUGGUCGGCACGGUGAUCAUGAUGCGCAUGAACGAGGACGGGCUGACGCCUCAGCAGCGCGUCGACAAGAUCUUCUCCAAGAUGGACAAGGACCACAACGACGAGAUCACCCUGGAGGAGUUCAAAGAGGCGGCCAAGUCCGACCCUUCCAUCGUCUUACUGCUGCAGUGUGACAUGCAGAAGUAGAAGGGGAGGGGAAGGGCAAGAAAAGAAGGGAGGGAAGGGAUGAGGGGGUGAACUGAAGCUAGGGAAAUUAGGAGGUUGAGAAAAGACAGGGAGGGAUGCAGUCCUAAAGGAGGAGGAGGAAGAGGCAUUGACGAUUGAUUGACGCCAUUCCGUUUAUUCCCCACUCUGCUUUACUCUAGACGGGAGGCUUGACAAAUUCAGUCAGAUGGUCUGUGAAAAGUGGAAUUCCCUCCUGCUGCAUUUGGUGCAUAGCAGAGCAGCAUGGUGUUACUCGUGCUUUCACACUGUAUUGGACGCGAGAUCACAAGGCUGCGGGGUAACAGCAGUGUUGAGAUCAGCUUUCUGACGGAGAGUGCUAUUUUAUAUUCAUGGAAUACCAGACAUUUCAUCUUAUUAUUGCCUUCAGUGCUGGAGACUGGAGGUACAGUAUACACACUGUUUUGGUCAGACCAUGGCUGCACUGGUUUAGAUUCUACCCUAGCCAAGUUCCCAGCUGCUUCCAGGCAGCGUUUUUGUGGCAGAUUAUGGCUGAGUGUCCACCAGCUAAACACUAGGCUGGCAGCUGAUGAAACGUGUCACCCAGCUGCCUCCAGCGGCAUGGCCAGGCAUACUGAUGUGCUCCUCAGUCGCUUCUUAGCUGCGCCCACAGCUUUGAUAACAAAAAUCAAUAUUUUGUCAAAGGAGUUUGUAAUCUGGUUAAUGCCGAUACUUGUUCUGCUUGUGACGCAACCUGAGCUUUUGUUCUUCAAACUCUCUGAUCUGCAAAAUGUAUGUCGAAUCCUGCAAACCCCGCAGUCUUUCGUCAGUAAAACCACUUGUUUGAGCAACAAGAGGAGGCACUUGACCAUCUCGGCACAGGGAUAAUCACAGCAGUAAUUAUAGAUCUUAUGACAGAAUGGUAUUUCUGAGAAAGGCCAAACCUGCUACGAUGAUUCACCGUUGUUUCACAUUAAAUAGCCGUCUCUCCUCUUCCUCUGCCUGCAUCCUGCUGCUGCCCCGUUUUUUUCUUUCUUCCUCGCUAAAUGUCAGAGAGGAAGCGCUUUGAUAAUAGGUAAAGGGAGAGGAACUUUACUCAGAUCUACAAUCGAUGAGAAACGGAGCAAAGGGUUGAAGAGGUAGCUCAGGCGUUGUGUGUCACCUGUGGUAAGCUAGAUGAAAGAAAAAAACUGGAUGGUUUAUCUACAUAUUUGCAUUAAACGCCCAGAAAUACACAAAAACAGCUAAAGACCACAUCAAGCAAGAAUAGGCAAUCUCAGAGAUUUAUGGUUAUACCAGUCAGAUACUACUUUAAAGUUAGCCUUUCUACGCAGGAUUAUAGUUUUAGCAGUGGCAUCGGAGGAAGUAAACAAAGUCGUUUAGUCAGUGUUUGCCACGCUUUCACAUACUGAACAAUUAAAGUCACAGCAAGAGGGAUGUUUAAGACAUUUUAUUGCUGACAACAAUGUCCUGUUCCUAUUCCUCAUGGGGUUGCUUACAGAGCAUGCAACGUCUAGUUCUCUUCAUCGAACUGGCACAGUGCGUAUGUCACGUCCAAACAUUAGCGAUUGGGUAAAAUCGGAUCCAAUCGUUUAAAACAUCAACUGAAUCCACACCUGCAGAAAGAAAUCGUUUGUCAAUAGCCAAGGGUCCAGACCCCUCCAAGUCUCUAAAUGCCACUCACUAAUGACAUUUUGGACGCUGCAGUAUCUGGACUGCGACUGAUAGGUUGUCUCAGACAGACACACUUUUGUUCCUGAAGAUAUAUCUGACUUGACUCAUACAGUUUCAGUUCUCCUGUUCUAAUUGGAAGCAUUCUAAUAAGGAGCAGUUUGGAGCAGGGCGAGACUCCUCUACAUAACACAACCAGGCGAGAAGGCAUGACAUUCUAUCAGCAUCAUAAUAACAUGAAAGCAUAAACUUAGCUUGUCCACACAGCUGGGAGCGCACACAUAGCACCAAUAAAAGUUGAGUUUCAUCACAGUCCCAUACCAGUUAUUUUAAAAUGCCACGAAGAGUCAAGCAAGUUGACUCUUCCUCAUUGGUUCGUCUUUAAGACUGGGAAUGACAGUUGUUUGUAAUGUAAAAACUUGCGAGAAUGUCCCAGAGAUAUCCGUGGUAAACGUUACAUUUGUGUCCAAGGUAAAGACGAUGAUCUUCUCCUCCACUGCAGACGCUCCCUCCCUGGUUGUUCAGAAAGAGCCUCUACAUGUACAUUAUUAUAAUACGAGUGUAAUCGUAUUUAUGAAUAUAAACAAAUAUAAGAUGUAAAUGUGCGGAUAGUGUAGACCUGAUUUCAUUUUACAACACUGCUAUUGAGAGAGAAAGAGUGCAUCUGUGUGUGUCUGAGUAAUACUGAACUGACAUCAGAGCUCUGUGUGUGUGUAUGUAUGUGGUGUGUGUGUGUGUGUGUGUGUGUGCGUAUUUAAGGGGUUACUGUUUGAGUGUUCAGUGUUUUGUAUUUGUAUCAUUUGCGUAACAAGAGAUGCCUCAGUCUAGUUUCACUUUGUAACAAUGUGAAUGUGACCUCCACUCUGAAGCACUGAGUAUUAUUACCCUAACAUGUUUGCUUUUGUGAUCUGCUGGUAUACAUGAUGUACAAUCUGCCCCAUGAAACAGCCAACUGUCGCAAUGCUACAAGUGCUAAGCCUAUACGAUGGUCAGCAGAGCUGACGGUUUGUUACCUAGCUUUGAGGAGAUGGAGGUGAUAAAGAAGCAAUGCUGUGUCACAGUGCCACCUAGCGGUCGGAAGAAAAUUGUCACGUCUGGAAACAGUUCAGUUGCUGCAUAUUCCCUGUUUCAGUACAUGAUAAACCGCCUUGGAGAUGAAAGUGAGGAGCAUCCUCCAUUACAAGAGAUGGUCUUAUAUAACUAGAAGCCAUAUUUAUUCCCCUCAAAAUUACGGUAUGAACUAUUUACAUGGUUAAUGUUGGUAAAAUAAAGCCCAAUGUAAAGUUAUGUGUUUGGAAAAAAAAUGAAAUUGGCUUAACAUUUUUAAUUUUUGUAUGAAAAAGGCUGGAAAAAAGAGUCAGACUUAUUGGCCAAUUUUUCAGCAUUACCUUCUAAUCAAAUUAAGAAAAAGCGACUCAGAGAAAUCUUUGUCAGCUAAACUACAACCCCUUUUAGUGUUACGACUGUUUUAAGGCUUUAUUGUGGUUUUAGCUGUUACAGAAAGCAUCUGUCAACAGCAGGCAAUGCUUCUAACUAUCCAAACAGAAUAAAAUUGUUGGCUUAAUGCAUUUAAAAGUGUUUAAGGAGGUUGGACAGAAGCAUCUUCGGAUGGGUUUUAAAUUUACCUACUUUGUAAGCUAAAAGUUUACUUAAGAUACGUUUUAUUUCCUGGUAUUUAGCUAGGUUCGAUUUACACCAAGAUCCUGUUAGUUGUUUACACAAAAGUUUUCCCACUUUAGAACCAUUUGUAGAUCAGUAUGCAGUUUUUUUUCCUUUUUUUAAAAAAAGCAAUAACCUCACCUUCCUAUCAAAUCUUAUUCCUCUCUGCUUUGUGUAUUUUUUGUGACAGCAGCACAGCACCACAUGUAGGCCUGGCAAUAGAACUACAACAUUUAGGAUUAUUAUUCAUUAUUCACACACUAAAAAAAAAGAAACUUCUAGAAAUUAUGCCGUGUUUGCGAGGGACUUGACACAUGCCGAAAUCAUUCUAGGAAAGAAAAACAGUUUUUAUGGUUAUUAGGUAUUUAGAUAAAUAUUUCUUUAAAAAUCCUACAGUUUGAUUUAUUAUCCUACUUAGUUUCUCUCACUAAAAUUUCAAAUCCCUGUUUAGAUCAGUUGAGUCGCAUAUUAAAAUUUUCAAGAGUUUUGAGUACUGUAGCUGUGUGACAGACAGUGUAUACAAAGAUAACCAGAACUGCAAAUUUACAGUACAGUUAUAAGGGAUUUCUUAGAAGCAGUCAGUAUCUUGCCUGCAGUAGAUUACUCUAUGUGUGUUGUACUUCAGUUCAAAUCCAGAUUAGCUGGCCCUGAGGCUAAAGUUAAUGGGCUAAUCUGAGAGGGGCCAAGUCCAAAGCUGACUUUUACCUUCUAGAUAAAACUCCAGUCUCAAAAACAUCAGGGAUGUUUAUGUGAAUGCUUUUUACGAACCUUUAAAUUAUCAACAGGUUUGCUUUAACCGGUAUUUACAAAAAAAUAUAUGAUCGUUUGUAUAGAAAGUGGAGGUUGGAAGCAGUGCGCCACCAAUAAUCAUCCGGGGUGAAACAUAUACUGAGAACAGAAGAUAUUAUUCAUUUCCAGUCAGUAUAAAAAAUAAAUAAAAUAGUAUCAGUAAUUGUAAUAUUUAGCAUUUUGUUGCUUUACUUUUAUAUCAGAAAGUUAUUCUGUCUGAAAAUGCUAGCAAGAAUUAAACAAAGCAAGAUAACUGAUGGCGCACUGUCUCUACCACCUCCAUUUUCCAUUAAAUAAUCAUUGCUACUGUAAUCAAAAGUCAAACAUGAAGAUAGUUUAAAGGCUCUGUUAAUACUAAACACUUGAGCAUGACAGUAGAAUCAAAGUGUCACUCGAAGCAUGAUAUAAUUGCUCCUUUAGCUUUUGUCUGCUGUUAAUACACCUGCCUGUAUUAUUCGUUUAUAUAAUUUACAUUUGCAUUAAAUAUUAUAGGAAAUCGAUCUGGCAGACAAACUAAGAUGAACUCAACGACAGAGGUGGUGUUAUUAUUUGCCCGUCCCUCUGCCUUGCUGCCUCCCUUUGUGCUGAUUUGACUCCCUCCAUCAUUGCCACAGACACGGUUAGUCAUCCAAUUUCACAUGUGCCGGUUUGCUGUAAAACGCUCUGAUUGGAACAGAUCGGCUCACACAGUGGAUCCACAAUGUUUCUGUCUUCGCUCUGUUGUGUUCAUUAGACUUCAUCCAUUCUAAUUAGCGCUGCUUAAGAUUCCUGAACACACACACCCCCACCCACGCACGCAGCUGCAGAUCAUAUGGAGGUUUUCAUUUGGCUCGAGAUCCGGUUCAGAAUGUUGGUGAGAAAAGUCCAUCUCUUAUGUGCCAACGAUGGGAAUGGAGCUCAUUGUGAAUUGCUGAUGUACUUGUUACAUGUGAUGCUGUUCUAAACAGGCACCUUAACCUCUGUGACAUGAAUACCAACAUAGGUUUUUUU